AGACCAGGAAGGACUAGGACCAGGACCAGGAAGGACUAGGACCAGGAAGGACUAGGACCAGGACCAGGAAGGACCAGGACCAGGAAGGACUAGGACCAGAACCAGAACCACCAGAGUCAGUCCAGAAUGUGUGAGUCUGUGAGGAGGAGAAGCUCCAGCCAGCAGCUGCUCCAGAACCUGCUCAGAGUCACCACUCAGCGGAGUCAGGAGGACGCCGAGGAGGUGGAACGAGAGAGGAGGAGGAGAGAGAGAGAGAAACGGAGAGAAGAGGGGAGUCCAUGGAGACCAGAACCCCCACAGCAGGACGGGCAUGAGGAGGAGGAGGAUGAGUACCAGGACCAGAUGAAGGUUCUGGUUCUGGACGAGGAUGAGGGCUACAGUGACUCAACUCCACAACUGCAGACCGAGAGGGAGGACUACGGAUCUGGACCUCCAAGACCAGAGUGGAGACUCGAUCCCAAGGACAGGAACCUGCAUCUGAGACCUGCGCUGGAACCAAGACCAGUGUCCCUGGUCCAGAAGAGUCCAGAGAAGGACAGGAGGACUCCGCCCAGCCGCUCAGCUGACAGAACAUCCUGGCUGACGGAGGAGACCAUGAACCUGCUAGGACAAGUGGGCCAACGGGAGGAGAAAAGGUCAGAGGUCACCCAACAAAAAAACACAGAAGAAGAAGAGCAGGAGGAGAAAAGAGAGCUGAACUUCAUCCAGGCUGAGGACGUUGGGGAGCAGCUCCAGGAGGUCCAGUGGUCUGGAGAUGAUUUGAAGCCUGAUCAAACAGUGAAGACCAUGAGCACUUACGGCCCCAUGAGUCCAACUUUUAAGAAACUUCUGAUCCAGUUUUGUCCGGACGACGUGAACGCUCCAGACUUCGCAGACACUAAAUGUACGGUUUCACAGAGGCACGAGUCUAUGAGGAGUAGCGCCCUGGAGAAGAACCUGCCUCCUGUUUCCAAAACUGACAACGGACGGCAACAACACACAAACAGAAACCAGGAAAUCAAACCUGGUGAUGUUCUACACAAGAAAAACUUCUGGGAGAGUCGAGCAGACGCUGAGUCUGCUGGAAAACAGAAGAAGGAAGGCUGUGCUGGUCGGACGUUUCAGUUUGUGGUGACGGGUCAUGGAAAGUACGAAAAGGUCUGUGAGUCCAGCAGCUGCAGCCCAGCUGGACAAAUAAAUGAAGAUUUGUGAAACAUCCUGGAGUUCACAGCCUUGAUGCUGAACACGUUUCAAACAUGAAUACACCUUCACCUCCUGUAGAUGUGUUUCUUUAAUGCCAUUGUACUCAUUAAAACUCGUACCACUAUUGUGCUUUACUUUUCUUUGUCAUCCUGUGAAAAACUUCCCUUCACAUUUCAGUCAUUACUGUAGCAGGUUCCGAUCAAAUAAAAUCAAUUAAAAGUGUUUCUGAUAUUUAAUGACUCAUUUCUGUAACUGUAAAUAUUUGCCUUCAUAUGUUCUCAUACCUCUUUUCCACUAAAAAGAACCUGGUGCUAGUUCAGUGCCGGUG